AUGCUCCUCGUCAAGAGAGCAAGCGGUCAGAGAUGCAGAGAGCGUAGUCACUCAUCUCUGCAGCUUGGGUUUCAAAAUAAACAGGGAAAAGAGCCGAUUGUGUCCCGCGCGGAAUAUCUGGGACUCAGUAUAAAUUCCCUCUCUUAUCGAGUCACGCUGACAGAGAGAAGAAUCGCAUCUCUCAUUCAGUGUCGCUCCCGUUUUCGGGCUGGGUCUAUGGUCCCGUUCCGAGUGUGCCUACAAAUGCUGGGUUUAAUGGCCUCAGUGAUUUCUGUGGUGCGUCUGGGACUUCUCAUGAUGAUAGAUUUUCAGAGAUGGGUCACGCGGUUGCGCUUAUGUCCCCGACGUCAUCUCAAUCGGCCGGUCAAAAUAACACAUUCGUGCGUCUUAGCGCUCCGCCAAUGGGGAUGCCCCGCGACUCUUCGGUCGGGGAUUCCCUUGGGGGCGGUGUCGUCGCGAGUUACUAUGACGACGGACGCGUCUUUGAAGGGCUGGGGUGCGACCCUUAUGGGCAGAGCUGUGAACGGCGUGUGGCCACCACAGCUGAUCCCGAGACAUAUAAACUACUUGGAGUUGUUGGCAGUGUUUCUGGCACUGAAACACUUUCUGCCUUUCAUAAAGGACCGACAUGUGUUGGUGAAAACAGACAAUUCCACAGUGGUCGCAUACAUCAACCGGCAGGAGGUGUGCGCUCCUCCAGCUGCAUCAGUUGGCGAGGAAACUGAUAAUGUGGUGCGAAACAAGGUUUUUGUCCAUCAGGGCGACUCAUGUUCCAGGCGUAUGGAACAGGGUGCAGAUCUAUUGUCCAGGGAAACCCUCUGUACGGGAAUGGAAACUGCACACUCAGGUGGUGGAGCAGAUAUGGCAGAGAUACGGCCGGGCCACCGUGAGAUCUCACGCCUCGCGAAAACGCUCAGUCCACCCGUGGCCAAACGUUCUUCUCUACGCGUUCCCUCCACUGAGCUUGAUUUCCCCCACCCUGGCCAGGGUCAGAGAACUCAGCUUGUCACUGAUUCUGAUAGCUCCACGUUGGGCUUCCAGGCACUGGAUCGCAGAAAUAAUUCAGCUACUGUCGGAUCAGCCUUGGCCACUCCCUCCAUGGAGGGACCUUCUGUCCCAGGCGGGCGGGGAGAUUUAUCAUCCGCACCCGGACAGAAUUGCUCUUUGGGCCUGGCCCGUGAGAGGUGGAACUUGAGUGUGGCUGGUUUGCCCCAAUCGGUUAUACACACUAUCCAGAGUGCCAGGGCCUCGUCUACUCGCACGCUUUAUGACAAUAAAUGGCGAGUUUUUGAGGAGUGGUGUGGCCGCGGUCACAUUGUCUCUUUCCAGUGUUCUGUGGGAGACAUUUUGUGUUUUCUCCAGGAUUUGCUGGAUAAAGGGAAAGCUUUUUCUACUUUGAAAGUGUAUCUGGCGGCUAUUUCUGCAUGUCACGUCGGGUUUAAUAACGAACCUGCGGGUCGGCACCCUUUGAUUAGCCGGUUUAUGAAAGGUGCAUGCCGUAUAAGGCCGGUGUCUCGGCGGUUAGUGCCUCAGUGGGCCGUCCUUGGUUUGGAAGCCCUUUCUCAUCACCCCUUCGAGCCGGUGGAUGGCGUAGGGCUGAAAUUUCUUUCUCUUAAGACGGUGCUGCUUGUGGCUCUAGUGACUGCUAAGCGUGUGAGCGAGCUGCAAGCCCUGUCUGUCAGUCCGUCCUGUCUACAGUUCGCCCCUGGGCUCACGAAGGUUUUUUCGUUCGUGCCUAAGGUGGUGGAUUCUUCUUAUAGAUGUCCCGUUACGGAACUUUCGGCUUUUCACCCACCUCAGGAGGAGGAUGGCUUGAGUUCCUUGUGCCCGGUGCGGGCCCUCCAUACGUAUGUCAAGAGAACAGCGGGUUUCAGAAAAUCGGACCAGCUUUUUGUGUCUUGGGCUACCCCUCACAAAGGGAAGCCGUUGUCGAGUCAGCGGCUGUCCCGCUGGAUUGUGGAGGCUAUAUCUAUAGCGUAUGAAUGCUGUGGUUCUCAGGCUCCCACGGGUCUGAGGGCCCACUCUACUAGAGGGAUGGCGACAUCAUGGGCCCUGCUUAAGGGUGUCUCUGUUCAGGAUAUUUGUGCGGCAGCUGGCUGGGCCACGCCGCACACCUUUGUGCGGUUUUAUAGACUAGAUGUGUCUGAGUCAUCCUUGGCACAUGCAGUGCUGAGUGCCAGGCGUUCUGAGCCUAUGUGA